AUGAAAAAUUUGAAGAUUUAAACAUGGAAUAAAUUUUACUUAAAUCUAUAAAAAUAAUUCAAAAACCUUUAAUAUAUAGAAGUUAGAAUGAUAAAUUACUGUUACAUUGUAUAAAAAAUUAAAUUAUAAGAAUUACUUAGUACAAUAAAAUAUUUUGCCCAAUUAUUUGAAUCUAAGUAAUAACUAAUAUUUGAUAUUGCCGAUGCACUUUAAUAUAAAUUUAUUCAACGAAAUGAAAUAAUUUUUAAAUAAGGUGAUUAGGGAGAUUUAUUUUAUAUAGUUUUGAAAGGUACAUUAUUAAAAUAAUAUAAUUAGGAAUUGUGUCUAUUUAAAUAAAUAUUCCAUAAGACGAUAUUUUUGUUCCAAAAGAAGUUGCAACAAUAUUAGAAGGAGGAUCUUUUGGAGAAUUGGCUUUAUAGAGUAGCUAACCUAGAACAGCAACAAGUAUAUGUAUUACUGAUUGUUAUUUUGCUACAAUUGAUAAAAAAACAUAUAAACAAUUAAUUGGAGAUUAUAAUAAAAAUCAGUUAGAUUAAAAAAUUGCUUUUUUAUCAAAAUAUCCUUGGUUUUAAUAAUGGUCAUUAAGAGAAAUGAAAAUGCUUGCUUAUGAACUUAAUGAAAAAUAAUAUGAUUAUGGAGAUAAGAUAAAUUUAAAAAAUUACGUUGGAAUGAUUAAUAAAGGAUAAGUUGAAUUAAAAAGAGUUAUAGAGAAGAGAGGAAUUCAAGAUCAUCCAAUGAAGAAUUCAAAGUUAAUGAAACAUCAUUUAUCUAUUGAAAUUUUAGAUGAAUGUAAAAUUAUAGGGGAAUUAAACUUUUUGGAUGAGGAUGGAAAUUUAAAGUUUAUGAUUAAUAAAUUUAAUAAACCAUAUGUAAAAAGUGCGGCUGAAUCUGAAAUUAAAGAAUUUAUAUAAACAUGUUAAAAAAAUAAAGGAAUUUAUGAAGCAAUUUGUUAUUCAAAUCAUGUUAGCAUUUAUUUUUUAAAAGUUAGCACUAUUGAAGAUAGAUUUUAUGAUUAAUUUACUAGAUAAUUAUUUUAAGUAAUUAAAUUAUAAAUAUAGAUUCUAUUUAUAGAUUGAAAUUAAAAAACUAUUAAAUGUACGAAUAAAGAAAGCACAUCAACUUUAAUAAGAAUAUGAUAAGGAAUUUUAAGAAAGUUAAGAAGAAUAAUAAGUGAGAAUGAGAAUCUCAGGAUUUUAAAGUAGAAAAGUCACACCAGUUAAGAUAAGUACAAUCAUUAGAAGUUAAAAUAAUGAAGAUUGGGUGUAAGACUGUUAAUAUUAGAAAAAGUUUGAAAAGAAUCUUCCUCAUGGUGUUUAAUAUAGAUACUCUAGAAUUUAUGAUUUGGAAGAAAAAUCUUAAUACAUCAGAGUAUUAGAAGAUAGAUAUAACAAAUUGAAGACUGAAGAAAAUGAAGCUUAAGAUAAUUUAAAAUAAACAUUUACUUAAAUGAAUUGUAGUUAUUAUAGAUUGAAGAGUCAUUUUGAAAGAUAAAAAUAUAAUAAGUUAUUUUUUUAAGCAUAUUUAAGAAGAAAAAAUGAAUAAAAAUGA